GUGGUGGAAAGUAAAAUAAAUGAGCCGAGUCUCCCCACACAAACUCGCGCCGUUCACUUCUCUAGGAUUUACUAAAUCAGUUGCCUCUCUUUUUCUCUCUUUCUCCACGCAACGUCUCUCUGUGCUCCGCUUCUCCUUUCUUCGUCCCGCUAGUUUCAGAACAAUGGCGUCUCACAUUGUUGGUUACCCUCGCAUGGGGCCAAAGAGAGAACUAAAGUUUGCUUUGGAAUCUUUAUGGGAUGGCAAGAGCAGUGCUGAAGACUUGCAGAAGGUGGCAGCAGAUCUCAGGUCAUCCAUCUGGAAGCAGAUGAGUGAAGCUGGAAUCAAGUACAUUCCUAGCAACACCUUCUCCUAUUAUGAUCAGGUCUUGGACACCACGGCAAUGCUUGGAGCAGUUCCUGCUAGAUAUGGAUGGAACGGCAAUGAGAUUGGGUUUGAUACCUACUUCUCCAUGGCCAGAGGUAAUGCCUCUGUUCCAGCCAUGGAAAUGACCAAGUGGUUUGACACCAACUACCACUACAUUGUCCCUGAAUUGGGGCCAGAUGUCAAGUUCUCAUAUGCCUCUCACAAGGCUGUAGAUGAAUACAAGGAGGCUAAAUCUCUAGGUAUCGACACUGUCCCAGUCCUUGUUGGUCCUGUGUCCUACUUGUUGUUGUCAAAACCAGCGAAGGGCGUGGAGAAAUCCUUUUCUCUUCUUUCCCUAAUUGGCAAAAUUCUACCUGUCUACAAGGAAGUUGUUUCAGAACUAAAAGCGGCUGGAGCAACCUGGAUACAAUUUGAUGAACCAACCCUUGUCAAGGAUUUGGAGCCUCACCAAUUGCAUGCAUUCACUGAGGCCUAUUCUGAGCUAGAAUCAGCUCUAUCUGGGUUGAACGUUUUGAUUGAGACAUAUUUUGCUGACGUGCCUGCUGAGGCAUUCAAAACCCUUACCUCUUUGAAAGGUGUUACCGGGUUUGGGUUUGACUUGGUCCGUGGAACAAAGACUCUUGAAUUGAUUAAGGGAGGAUUUCCUUCUGGAAAGUACCUGUUUGCUGGUGUGGUCGAUGGAAGAAAUAUCUGGGCUAAUGAUCUCGCAUCUUCCCUCAGCGCCCUGCAGGCUCUUGGGGGAAUUAUUGAAAAAGACAAGCUCGUCGUCUCUACAUCAUGCUCGCUACUUCAUACUGCUGUUGAUCUUGUGAAUGAGACUAAGUUGGACAAUGAAAUCAAGUCAUGGCUUGCCUUUGCAGCACAGAAAAUAGUUGAAGUAAAUGCAUUGGCGAAAGCACUGGCUGGACAAAGGGAUGAGGCAUUCUUCUCUUCAAAUGCUGAGGCGCAGGCUUCAAGGAAAUCCUCCCCGAGGGUGACAAAUGAGGCAGUUCAAAAGGCUGCUUCCGCUUUGAAGGGGUCCGACCAUCGCCGGGCCACAAAUGUUAGUGCCAGACUGGGUGCACAGCAGAAGAAGUUGAACCUUCCCAUACUUCCCACCACUACCAUUGGAUCAUUUCCUCAGACUAUGAACCUAAGAAGAGUGCGCCGUGAAUUCAAGGCUAAGAAGAUAUCCGAGGAGGAUUACGUCAGGACCAUCAGGGAGGAAAUUGAGAAAGUUGUCAAACUCCAGGAAGAGCUAGACAUUGAUGUUUUGGUGCAUGGUGAACCAGAGAGGAAUGACAUGGUUGAGUACUUUGGGGAACAAUUAUCUGGGUUUGCCUUCUCUGCCAACGGGUGGGUCCAAUCUUAUGGGUCUCGAUGUGUCAAGCCUCCUAUCAUAUAUGGUGAUGUGAGCCGCCCCAAGGCCAUGACUGUCUUCUGGUCUUCAAUGGCUCAGAGCAUGACAAAGCGACCCAUGAAGGGCAUGCUUACUGGUCCUGUUACAAUUCUGAACUGGUCCUUUGUCAGAAAUGACCAGCCUAGGCAUGAGACCUGCUAUCAGAUUGCUUUGGCCAUCAAGGAUGAGGUUGAGGAUCUUGAAAAAGCUGGCGUCACUGUUAUCCAGAUUGAUGAGGCUGCCUUAAGAGAAGGUCUGCCCCUUAGGAAGUCUGAGGAGUCGUUUUAUUUGGACUGGGCAGUUCAUUCGUUCAGAAUUACUAACUGCAGUGUUAAGGACACUACCCAGAUCCACACCCAUAUGUGCUACUCAAACUUCAAUGACAUCAUCCACUCGAUUAUUGACAUGGAUGCUGAUGUUAUCACCAUUGAGAACUCCCGAUCAGAUGAAAAGCUUCUCUCCGUUUUCCGAGAGGGUGUGAAGUACGGUGCUGGCAUUGGUCCUGGUGUAUAUGACAUCCACUCACCUAGGAUUCCAUCCACUGAGGAAAUUGCUGACCGUAUCAACAAGAUGCUCCAAGUACUCGAAAGCAAUGUCUUGUGGGUGAACCCAGAUUGUGGCUUGAAGACACGCAAAUAUGCUGAAGUUAACCCGGCGCUCAGCAAUAUGGUUGCUGCCGCUAAGCUCCUGCGCACCCAGCUUGCAAGCACCAAGUGAGUUUUGAAAGCGUCGUCAAUUGUCUUCUUACGUUUGUGACAUAGUAUUAUUUGAGCUCCAAUAAAUUCUGCUUUUUUGUUGAGUGUGGGUCCUUGUUUCCGAUUUUCUUCCUUUUCGUUUUAGGAGGUAAUGAUGAUGCAUUAUUAAUGUUGAUUUAGUUGAUGGGGUUUCAUAUAAAUUUUGUUUUUAUAAAGCUGUUCAACUAUCAUCUUAAUCCAUAUUACACUUUCGUGUAUUUCUUUUUU